AUGGGGGAGAUCACCAAUGUCAUGGAGUACCAGGCCAUCGCGAAGCAGAAGCUUCCGAAGAUGGCCUAUGACUACUACGCGUCCGGCGCUGAGGACGAGUGGACGCUGCAGGAGAACAGGGAGGCCUUCUCCAGGAUCCUGUUCCGUCCACGCAUACUGAUCGAUGUGUCCAAGAUCGACAUGACCACCACCGUGCUGGGAUUCAAGAUCUCCAUGCCCAUCAUGGUUGCCCCCACUGCUAUGCAGAAGAUGGCUCACCCAGAUGGGGAGUACGCCACUGCACGCGCCGCAGCUGCAGCAGGCACCAUAAUGACACUGUCAUCCUGGGCAACUUCAAGCGUUGAGGAGGUUGCCUCAACUGGGCCAGGGAUCCGCUUCUUCCAGCUCUAUGUCUACAAGGACAGGAAAGUGGUGGAGCAGCUUGUGGGGAGAGCUGAAAGGGCUGGGUUCAAGGCCAUCGCGCUCACCGUCGACACCCCGCGCCUUGGCCGCAGAGAAGCUGACAUCAAGAACAGAUUUGUCCUGCCACCACACCUGACACUGAAGAACUUCGAAGGUCUGGACCUCGGAAAAUGGACCAGCUAUGGACACUCUCUGAUGGAGUUUUGUGUGCGCCCCGAGCAUGAGCAGGCUGCUGAUUCAGGGCUGGCUUCCUACGUCGCCGGCCAAGUCGACCGCACCCUGAGCUGGAAAGACGUGAAGUGGCUGCAGACCAUCACCACGAUGCCGAUCCUCGUCAAGGGAGUGCUCACGGCUGAAGACACGAGGCUUGCGGUGGCGAACGGCGCGGCGGGGAUCAUCGUGUCCAACCACGGCGCGCGGCAGCUGGACUACGUGCCGGCGACCAUCAGUGCGCUGGAGGAGGUCGUGAAGGCCGCCCGGGGCCAGAUCCCCGUGUUCCUCGACGGCGGCGUCCGCCGCGGCACCGACGUCUUCAAGGCGCUCGCCCUCGGCGCCGCCGGCGUAUUCGUCGGGAGGCCGGUGGUGUUCUCCCUGGCGGCGGCGGGCGAGGCCGGCGUGUCCAACGUCCUGCGGAUGCUGCGGGACGAGUUCGAGCUCACCAUGGCGCUCAGCGGGUGCACCUCCCUCGCCGACAUCACCCGCAACCACGUCAUCACCGAGUCGGACAGGCUCCGCGCCAUGCCGUCGCGCUUGUAG